AAUCGGCACUUCUGGUCCUGGCAUUCACCACUAUGGUGGUAGGACUGCCUGCGGCUCCGGUGGACGCGGCAAAUGCCUUGUCUACUGCCGAUGCGAUGUCUACUGCAACUGUAGAAAUUACCGGUAUUCAAUCAUCGGCUGAUGCCCAAUCGUCGGCUUCAGCUGAUGCGAGGUUUGUGGAGGGCGCUACGUCUUCGGCUGAUGCUCAGUCUUCUGCUGAUGCUCAGUCUUCGGCUACCGCGGAUGCGAUCGAUAUCCAGUCUUCAGCUGAUGCUGAAUCGUCGGCUACAGCGAACGCAAGACUUGUUGAGGAUGCUUUGACCUCUGUUGAUGCUCAAUCUUCAGCAGACGCCCAGUCGUCUGUUGACGCCCAAUCGUCGGCAACAGCUGACGCGAGAGUUGAGGAUGUCAUCCAAUCUUCGGCUGAUGCCCAGUCGUCGGCCGACGCUCAGUCUUCGGCUGAUGCCCAGUCCUCGGCUACGGCUGAAGCAAGAUUCGCAGAUGAUGCUUUGACUUCGGUUGACGCCCAGUCCUCGGCCGACGCCCAGUCGUCCAUUGACGCCCAGUCAUCCGCUACGGCUGACGCGAGAGUUGAGGAUGUCAUCCAAUCUUCGGCUGACGCUCAGUCGUCGGCCGACGCUCAGUCAUCGGCUGAUGCUCAGUCCUCGGCUACGGCUGAAGCAAGGUUCGAAGAUGAUACCGAGUCUUCUACGGAUGAUGAGUCUUCUACGGAUGAUGAGUCUUCGGCUGACGACCAGUUCUUGGCUGAUGCCCAGUCCUCGGCUACGGCUGAAGCAAGAUUCGCAGAUGAUGCCAAGUCUUCGGCUGACGCCCAGUCCUCGGCUACAGCUGAUGCCACGGAUUUCCAGUCGUCUGCUGACGCCCAGUCGUCAGCCACUGCAAAUGCAAGGGUUGAAGAUAAUACCAUGACUUCAGUUGAUGCUCAGUCCUCGGCCAACGCCCAGUCGUCCAUUGAUGCCCAGUCGUCCAUUGAUGCCCAGUCAUCCGCUACGGCUAACGCGAGAAUUGAGGAUGUCAUCCAAUCUUCGGCUGACGCUCAGUCCUCGGUUGAUGCCCAGUCCUCGGUGGAUGCCCAGUCCUCGGCUACGGCUGAAGCAAGGUUCGCAGAUGACACCGAGUCUUCUACGGAUGAUGAGUCUUCGGCUGACGACCAGUCCUCGGCUGAUGCCCAGUCCUCCGUGGAUGCCCAGUCCUCGGCUACGGCUGAAGCAAGAUUCGCAGAUGAUGCUUUGACUUCGGUUGACGCCCAGUCCUCGGCCGACGCCCAGUCGUCAAUUGACGCCCAGUCAUCCGCUACAGCUGACGCGAGAGUUGAGGACAUCAUCCAAUCAUCGGCUGAUGCUCAGUCGUCGGCCGACGCUCAGUCAUCGGCAGAUGCCCAGUCCUCGGCUACAGCUGAAGCAAGGUUCGCAGAUGAUACCGAGUCUUCCACAGAUGAUGAGUCUUCGGCUGACGAUCAGUCCUCGGCUGAUGCCGAGUCAUCAGUUGAUGCUCAGACCUCGGUAUCGAUCGAUGAAGCAAUCGCACGGGUUGCCGAAGAUGUCUUGACUACACCCACAGCCACAGCCGCCGCUGCCGACGCCCAGUCUUCAACCGAUGCUCUCUCUUCGGCCACCGCAGAAGCCACUUCGAUCUCUGACGAGUUCAUUUUCCCUACUCCCAGCAUUGAUACGGCAACUGAUAUCCUGGAGGCGGUUGAGACGCGCAAGGUGCGGUCCGAGUUCCGCGGGGUGCACCCUGAGAUGCGCUUCGUGGGCAUGCAGCCCAAUGAGCUGCAGUCGUGGAUGGACAUCAACACUCUGCGCUCUGAGCUGUCAGUGGACGCAGAGUCGCUGGCGGCAGAGGCCGCAAGCAUCGGACAGCUGGCGAGCGACCUGUUCAUUAAGAGCAUCUUGAUUCCGGGCACAGACUAGUAGUUGAGGAGAGCGGUCGUUUAGUUUAUUAGGACAUCAUGGCAAUAAAUAUGCGCAGUCACAGCAACGGAUGGCGGCGAAUUUGCCCGCGAUCCCCCGCUUAGGCCGCUGCAGCUUUAUCUAAU